UGGAGUUUGGCAGUAAAUCAUGUGCGUAAGCAGCAACAUUCUUCAGCAAAUGUUAACCAAUUCGUCUACUCGACGCAAGGUCCUACCAGCUGCGCGCACACGGAGCUGCUCGGGCUUCUUUCACCAUCGUGUAUGAGCAUCCUCAUCAUCGGACAGGAUUUAAGAGCGCGUUCUAAAACUCGUAGGGAUGUUUUUAUUGCAUUUGGAUUCAUAUGAUUUGAAAUGUAAUACAGAUUUUUUUAAACUACAUCAAACCAACUAGCCGAGUCACUUCUACCCCAGUCUUUAACUCUGAGAAAACCUUUUAAGUCCAAAGAUGUCACUGAUGUUUGGGAAAGCAAGGAGUUGUAACUUCUCUGCUAUCCCUGAGGGGGGACAACCUGAGGUCAAUGUGGUCGUCCUUGGAGUGAGGGGCUCAGGAAAAUCAGCGUUGACUGUCAAAUUUCUCACCAAGCGCUUCAUCAGUGAAUAUGACCCCAAUCUAGAGGAUACUUACUCUUCUGAGGAGAUGGUGGACCAACAGCCUGUCGUUGUGAAAGUUAUGGACACAGCUGACCAGGACGGCCCAGUGAACUGUGAGCGCUACCUCUCGUGGGCCAGUGCCUUCCUUGUGGUCUACAGCAUAGACAAUAGACGGAGCUUUGAGGGCUGCCAACAGUACCUGGAGGCCGUCACCGUCCACACCAAGGCCCUGCAGCCCAAGACCCCCAUUAUACUGCUGGGCAACAAGCUGGACAUGGAGAGAUACAGGCAGGUGAGUAAGUUGGACGGCUCGGCCCUCGCCUCCCAUUUCGGCUGCCUGUUCUUCGAGGUGUCUGCUUGCCUGGACUUCCUGUCUGUCCAGCGGGUCUUCCAUGAAGCCGUGAGGGAGGCCAGGCAGGCGGGUGGCAAAAGAAGCCCCCCAUUACGCCCCCUUUACAUCAGUGAGGACAACAAGCCAUUGUUCAGCCUCGCCACCGUGCCCCCGUUCAACACCCCCUGCUACAAGGAGCUCCCAGUGCCCGCCACCGCCAAGCUGGUGACGGUCAAGUCGUCGCGGGCACAGAGCAAACGGCGGGCACCCACGUUGACGCUGCUCAAGGGCUUCAAGAUCUUCUGAUGAGUUGAUGGAGAAUAAGACCAGACUGAGACCAUGAGACCAAGACUGGAAAUUUGAGUCUUGUCUCAAACUUGUGCUCAAAGACUUGAGACUUAUGCUCAAACCUUGAGACUUAACUUGGACUUGUGCCAGACUUGAGACUUAACUUGGACUUGUGCUCAGACUUGACUUGUGCUCAGAGACUUGAGACUUAACUUGGACUUGUGCCAGACUUGAGACUUAACUUGGACUUGUGCUCAGACUUAACUUGGACUUGUGCUCAGAGAUUUGAGACUUGACUCUGAGUGUCUCAGGCUCGAAGACUUGAGACUCAACCUGGACUUUCCGUAAGUGACUUAUUGACAAGUCUGCCAAAGUGGCUUACAAUAUGGACAA